AUGAAUGUCAUGGAAAAGAUUAAAGAAAUAGAGAACGAAAUGGCAAGGACACAGAAGAACAAGGCCACAAGCAACCACCUUGGAAUCUUGAAAGCCAAGCUGGCCAAGCUGAGGAGAGAGUUGAUGUCUGUUUCGAAGUCCAGUUCAUCAGGAGAAGGAGGAUUCGACGUUGCAAAAACAGGAAUUGCAAGAGUUGGGUUUGUAGGAUUCCCUAGUGUCGGGAAAAGUACUCUUAUGUCCAAGCUUACAGGGACAUUCAGUGCUGUUGCAGCAUAUGAAUUCACCACCUUGACAACAGUUCCUGGAGUACUAAGCUACAACGGAGCAAAAAUUCAAAUUCUAGAUCUUCCAGGAAUAAUUGAGGGGGCAAAGGAUGGGAAGGGUAGGGGGAAGCAGGUUUUGGCUGUGGCAAGGACAUGCUCAUUAAUCAUAGUAUGUCUUGACGUUCUCAAGCCUGUUUCUCAUAAGGCAGUGAUUGAAAGAGAACUCGAAGGGGUGGGAAUCAGGCUCAACAAGCAACCUCCAAAAAUUAAAGUAACGAAGAAAGAUAAGGGAGGAGUAACACUUAUAGGAGAUAGUCUAGACCUUGCUACCGUGAAGGCAGUGCUCGGGGAGUUUAGAAUAUCGAAUGCAGAAGUCAUAACAAAUGGGCCCUGCACAAUCGAUGAUCUCAUUGAUGUAAUUGAAGGAAACAGGAAGUAUGUUCCCUGCAUAUAUGUGCUAAAUAAGAUCGACUCGAUUAGUGUAGAAGAACUAGACCUUCUCCACAAGAUUCCACACUCUGUUCCUGUGUGCGCACAUCUGGGGUGGAACUUUGAUUCAUUAUUGUCUAAAAUGUGGGACUAUCUUGAUCUUGUAAGAAUAUAUCCGAAACCAAAGGGACAACCUAUUGACUAUGAGGAACCUGUGAUCCUUAGGAGUAGUAGAAGAAGUGUAUCUGAUUUCUGCAAUGCAAUACAUAGAGGAAUUCUUGCAAAAUUCAAGCACGCACUUGUUUGGGGAACUUCCGUUAAACAUAAUCCACAAAAGGUUGGGAAAGAGCAUAUCCUGAACGAUAGCGAUGUUGUUCAAAUUGUUAAGAGCGUCUAG